AUGACCUCCGCACCCAAAGCCCUCUUUUUCGACGUGUUCGGCACAGUCGUCGAAUGGCGAUCAUCCGUAACCAACGCCCUAGUCAGCGCGGCUCAGCAUGCCCUCACCGACCCAAACAGGGAUAUCCCGGCCGACGCGCAGGCCCGGGCAUCCAAGCUGACGGAGUCGGACUGGCUCGGGGUCGCCGAAGAUUGGCGACGGUCCUACGGGGAAUUCACCAGCAACUUUGAUGCAUCAACGCCCUUUAUCUCAGUCGAUCAGCACCAUCAUUCCGCGCUGCUGGAUCUACUCACGCAGCGUGGGGUCCGCGAGUUAUUCAACGCCGACGAGUUGUGGGAGUUAACGCUUGCCUGGCACGGAUUGAAUCCGUGGGCUGAUAGUGUGCGUGGACUGGAGUUGUUGAAUAGUCAGUUUGUUACGUCCACGCUGUCGAAUGGGAAUGUUUCGCUGUUGGAGGAUUUGAAGGAGUUUGGUUCUUUGCCUUUUAAGAGGUUGGUUAGUUCGGAGAACUUUGGUGCUUAUAAGCCUUCGCCGAAGGUUUAUCUUGGUGCGGCGAAGUUGUUGGGGUUAGAGCCGGAGCAGUGUGUUAUGGUUGCGGCGCAUUUGAAGGAUUUGCAGGCUGCGAAGAGGUGUGGGUUUCAGACUGUUUAUGUUGAGAGGGAGAAGGAGGAGGCUUGGUCGGCGGAGCAGGUGGUGCAGGCGAAGGAGGAUGGGUUUGUAGAUAUUUGGGUGGUUUUGAAUACAGGCGGGUUUGUUGAGGUCGCUCGGCGGUUCGGCAUUGUGGAAUAG